AUGGGUCAAGUUUUGGGAUGCUAUCAAGUGGAACAGUCCAAUGUUGCUAUAAAGGAGCAAUUCGGAAAAUUUAUUGAUGUUUUAGAACCUGGAUGUCAUUGCCUGCCUUGGUGUUUGGGCUACCAGAUAGCCGGUGGAUUAUCGCUUCGUGUCCAGCAACUCGAUGUUAAAUGCGAGACAAAAACAAAGGAUAAUGUCUUUGUGAAUGUGGUUGCGUCUGUCCAAUACCGCGCUGUAGCUGACAAAGCGUCUGAUGCUUUUUAUAAACUCACCAACACAAGGGAACAGAUUCAGUCGUAUGUUUUCGAUGUUAUCAGGGCCAGUGUGCCAAAGUUGGAGCUGGAUGCGGUCUUUGAGCAGAAGAAUGAUAUAGCAAAGGCUGUCGAAGAUGAGCUUGAGAAGGCAAUGUCGACCUACGGUUAUGAGAUUGUCCAGACUCUCAUUGUUGAUAUCGAGCCUGAUGUGAAUGUCAAGAGAGCAAUGAACGAGAUCAAUGCAGCUGCGAGGAUGAGGUUGGCUGCAAACGAGAAAGCUGAAGCAGAAAAGAUACUGCAGAUCAAGAAAGCUGAAGGAGAAGCCGAGUCCAAGUACCUAUCAGGACUUGGUAUUGCUCGUCAACGUCAAGCCAUCGUGGACGGACUGAGGGACAGUGUUCUGCAGUUCUCUGAGAACGUGCCCGGGACAUCGGCUAAAGAUGUCAUGGACAUGGUGCUGGUGACUCAAUAUUUCGACACCAUGAAAGAAAUUGGAGCGUCGUCGAAAUCAUCAUCAGUGUUCAUACCACAUGGUCCUGGUGCUGUUAAAGACAUUGCUGUGCAAAUUAGAGAUGGUCUUCUGCAGGGAAAUGCUGCAAAUCUCUAA